CGGGACCAGCUGCAGGCGCUGCUGUCCCCUGAUGCUGCCCGGGCAGCCGAGCUCCGUGCUGAGUGCGCCCGUGGCUUCGAGGGCAUCGUGUUGCGUCUGUGGCCGCAGCUGGAGGUGGUGGUGGUGAGGACGGCGCAUGGCGCGGAGCGGCUCUACCGCGACUCCCUCUGCCAGACCGACUGCCAGGGACUGCCCUUCUACUGCCCCUUCUACCAGGCAGCAGGAGCCCUGCUUGGUAUAAACCUGUGGCCACUGGAGCCAGCGCCCCAAUUCCUGCUGUGCCCUGACUGGGCUUUCUGCGAGUUCCUGCCCUGCCUGGCCACCAGGGAGCCACGGACGGUGCUGCUGGAUGAGCUCUGGGAGGGACGCGAGUAUGGGCUGGUUGUGACAGCUCAGCCAGGAGAGUACAGGUGCCGUACUGGGGAGGUGCUGAAGGUGACCGGCUUCCACAAGCAGUGUCCCGUGGUGGAACCUGUGCGCAGGGAGAGCCAGACACUGAGUGUGCGAGGUGAGAGCAUCCCUGAGGAGCAGUUCUGCCAGAGCCUGGGCCGCACCCUGAGGAUGUGGCCAGGGGCUCGCCUGAUUGACUAUGUCUGUGUGGAGAGCAGCCUGCUGGGUGACUCUUCGGGACCCUGUGCCCCCCACUACGAGGUGUUCAUGGAGCUGCAGGGCCUGCGGGACCUGUCGGAGGGGCAGCGCUACAGGCUGGACCAGUGUCUCCAGGAGGAUUUCCCCAUCUACAAAUCCUUCCGCUUCAAGGGCAGCAUUGGGCCCCUGCGCCUGCACCUGGUGAGGCCCGGGAGCUUCACCCAGCUGCGGGAAGCUCUGGGCUCCCCCAUGCCCAUGCCCAGGGUCCUGCGCCAAGAGAAGCUGCUGCGGCUCAUCCAGGGAUCAGUCAUCUCGUAGGGCAGCCUAGGGGUCCCCCUUCCACCCCGGGAUUCCCUUGGCAUGCACCCUCUGAGGAGGGGUCAUGUCCCAGGGGCAGGAGGGCAUGGGGGCAAGGGUGCCCAGCCCCAAGGGUUUGGAGCAAAUGGAGACAGUGAACUUGACCGUGACCUGUGGUGGCACCGGUGGGCACCACUCAGUGCUGCCGUGGGGAUGGAGCAAGAGCUUGGGAGUAUCACGGGGCAGGGGAAUCCUGCAGCUGCAGGGUCGCUCAGUGCCUUGGCAGCACCUGCAGCCACAGAGGAGUGGGUGCCUGUGCCUUUCCCAAGGGACAUAUAGUGCACCACAGCCCAUGGCUGAGGCAGAGGGCUCAAUGGAAACCUGCAGGAGCAGGCAGAGCAGAAGAGCCGUGGCUCAUCACUGAGCACUGGGGCCCUGUGGCAUUUUGUCCCCUGGCAGGGACACUGCGGGCAGGGCUGGUGGUGGCAGGUGCCACAGAGCAGCCCCAGUCAGGCUUCAGUGCGUGUCCACUGGUUUAAAAAUAAGCUCCAGUGAAGGCUGCUUUUAAUGUUUUAAAAACCAAAUGCAAAAUAAAGGAGGAUUAUCUCUUAAAAAUAAAUAAAGGACCGAACUCUG